CAUCACUUCAUGUUGCAUUUUCCCAAAACUAGAUUGUUUGGACAUCAAAUAUGUACUUCUCUUUUGGUUCCAAGAUCAGAUGAUGUACUUCAAAUUCAUGGUUUCUCUCUGUUCUUGAAAGGUUGAUGCUACAAAGGACAAGAGUUGCUGUGUUCCUCUGCUGAAUUAAAUUCUGGGUUACAUAUAUUGUGGCAGAAAACAAUGUGGGGAUCUGUUCUUGUAGCCAUUGCUGCUACAAUAGGAAACUUGUUGCAAGGAUGGGACAAUGCAACCAUUGCAGGGGCUGUUCUUUACAUCAAAAGGGAAUUUAAGUUGGAAACUCAACCAACGAUUGAAGGGCUAAUUGUGGCCAUGUCACUGAUUGGAGCCACAGUUAUCACAACAUUCUCAGGGCCAGUAUCAGAUUCGCUAGGAAGGCGUCCAAUGCUGAUAAUCUCAUCAGUUCUAUAUUUUCUCAGCGGUCUGGUAAUGCUUUGGGCUCCAAAUGUUUAUGUGUUACUUUUGGCAAGGCUUUUGGAUGGGUUUGGGAUUGGUCUGGCUGUCACUCUUGUCCCAGUCUACAUAUCCGAAACCGCCCCACCUGAGAUCAGAGGGCUGCUAAAUACUCUCCCCCAGUUUACUGGUUCUGGAGGGAUGUUUAUGUCUUACUGCAUGGUGUUUAGUAUGUCAUUGAUGGAAGCACCCAAUUGGAGAUUGAUGCUUGGGGUACUUUCUAUUCCUUCUUUACUUUAUUUUGCAUUGACUGUGUUUUACCUGCCUGAGUCUCCAAGGUGGCUUGUUAGUAAAGGAAGGAUGGCUGAGGCCAAGCAGGUUCUGCAGAGACUCCGCGGCAGGGAAGAUGUUUCAGGCGAGUUGGCUUUGUUGUUUGAGGGUCUUGGAGUUGGAGGGGAAGCAUCAUUAGAAGAGUACAUAAUUGGUCCAGCCAGUGAGGGCACCGAUGGCCGCGAAAUGACUACAGAGAAAGACCAAAUAAGGCUGUAUGGACCGGAGGAGGGGAGGGCCUCUAUGAUUGCCAGAUCUGUCACAGGACAAGCCAAUCUUGGCUUGGUAUCCCGGCAAGGAAGCUUGUUGAAUCCAAAUGUGCCUUAUGUGGAUCCUCUUGUAACUCUAUUUGGCAGUGUCCAUGAGAAGCUUUAUCCUGAAAACACAGGAAGCAUGCGCAGCCUUCUUACUUUGCCAAACAUGGGCAGCAUUCUUAACAUGGCGCCACCCGAAAGCCAGGAUAAGUUAGAGCAUUGGGAUUUGGAGGGAGAUGGCAAUGCAGCCGGGAAUGAUGUUGAGGACAAUGUGCGAAGGCCGUUGCUCAAAGGUCGACAAUCAGCCAGUAUGGUAAAUGACAUGCUGCCUAGAAAGUCCAGUAGCUUCUUCGGCAUGAGGCGCAAUAGCAGCCUCAUGCCAGGGGCUGGUGGUGGUGAAGCUGUGAGCAGUAUGGACAUCGGAGGAGGAUGGCAGUUGGCUUAUAAGUAUUCUGAAAAAGUUGGUAAGGAUGGAAAAAAGGAAGGAGAGUAUCAAAGGGUCUAUUUGCAUCAGGAGGGUGCACUUGAGUCGCGGCGAGGCUCAAUGCUUUCAGUUGCUGGCGGUCUUGACGUCACUCAAGACGGCGAAUAUUUUCAAGCUUCUGCUCUGGUUAGCCAACCUUCAGUACUUUCUAAAAAGAACCAACUGAGCCAGCAUCUUGGACAAGAAAAGGUUGACACCCCAGAAACUGUUCAAGGAUCCAGUUGGUCUGAUCUUCUAGAACCAGGAGUCAAGCGUGCAUUGUUUGUUGGGGUAGCAAUUCAAAUUCUUCAGCAGUUUUCUGGCAUAAAUGGGGUUCUAUAUUACACUCCUCAGAUUCUUGAGCAAGCAGGGGUGGCAAUUCUCUUAUCAAAUUUGGGCCUUAGUUCCACUUCUGCCUCUAUCCUCAUAAGUGCUCUCACAACCUUGUUGAUGCUUCCAUCUAUAGGCAUUGCCAUGAGACUAAUGGAUACCUCUGGCAGAAGGUCGCUGUUGCUGACGACGCUACCUGUACUGACGGGGACUCUCCUGGUACUAAUUUUCGGACAACUUGUCCAUAUGGGUUCUGUUGUUAAUGCAACAAUUUCCACCAUCAGCGUGGUGGUCUACUUCUGCUGCUUUGUCAUGGGGUUUGGACCAAUUCCUAACAUUCUUUGCUCUGAAAUCUUCCCCACUCGCGUUCGCGGCCUCUGCAUCGCCAUAUGUGCGCUAACAUUUUGGAUUGGAGACAUCAUUGUCACUUACACAUUACCUAUCAUGCUCACCACCAUUGGUCUUGCUGGUGUCUUUGCCAUAUACGCUGUUGUGUGCACCAUUUCUUGGGUGUUUGUGUUCUUAAAGGUGCCGGAAACAAAGGGAAUGCCCCUAGAAGUCAUCUCUGAGUUCUUUUCUGUGGGUGCAAAGCAGGCAGACAUUGCUGAAAGUUUGACUUAGCAGUCAAGGGAUUGAUGAUGCUGUUUUGAGUUAUGUUCUUUGUCCUAGGUAGAGGAAAGGAGGCACAAUAACACUAAAUUAAGUGAACACCAGUGCCUGCUGUGUUGUUAUUAUAUUCACGUUGAUCUGGACAGUUUUUGUAUAUAUAAUCUUUGGACUCUGAGAUUCUAGCUAGUCAUCUUUUGAAAACAACUGGACGAUGAUCAAAGAUAUGACGCUUUAGUAGAA